AUGGUUAGGAACUUGGCUGCUUGUCUUGUUGCUGCGGCGUGUGUAUACGCUUGUCUCCCCGACAAAGACGAACUCUCCGCUCUUCGAGCCCGUCGAUCAUCACGGACUUCUCAAAGUCGUCAUCUCAAGCGCGAUGUCGUAGAAUUCCCUCCCGUCCUCACUGAAGUCGAAACUCUGCUCGUUAAUUCCUUCGAUAACAACUCCAUCUCAGACUGGUCCCUCUACUACACCUCUGGCUAUCGUCUCGCAGGGCAUAACAGAUCACAAGCGGAGUGGACGCAGAAGAAGUGGAUCGACGCAGGUUGGGAGUCUUGGAUUGAUGAGUAUUGGAUCACGUAUACGGAGCCAAUUGAGAGUACGCUUAGUUUGAAGAGGCCUGAUGGGAGUGUGCAUGAGGUCCAGAGGCUGGAGGACAAGUUGGAUGUUGAUGAGCAGACGAGAAAUCCUAAUGAGCAGGUUGCGUAUCAUGCGCUUUCUGGUAGUGGGAGGGUCAAUGCUGAAUAUGUUUACGUGGGGCGUGGCUCGAGGGAGGAUUAUCAGAAGCUCAAGGAUCUUGGUGUUGAGCUGAAGGGGAAGAUUGCCCUGGCUCAGUAUGGCGGCGCGAACCGUGGAGUCAAGAUCAAGAACGCUGAGGCUCACGGCAUGAUUGGAACUAUUCUCUACACCGAUCCCCUUGAGGAUGGUGAGAUCACAGAAGCCAACGGUUACCUGCCAUACCCAGACGGCCCUGCUCGUCACCCCUCCUCCAUCCAAAGAGGCAGCACCCGCUGGGGCUCCCUCUCCUUCGGCGACCCCUCAACAAUCGGCUACGCCUCCCACAAAGACUCUCCCCGCGCCGACAUAACCCCUUACGGCCCUUCCAUCCCAUCAAUCCCCAUCUCCCCCCGUGACGGCCUUCAACUUCUUCACGCCCUCGACAACCACGGUCUCUCUGCCGAAACAGUGAACAGGACUAACUACAAGGGCGCAUUUUCAAAUGUUACGUAUCAUAGUGGUCCUGCACCAGGAGCUACGCUCAAUCUUGUGAAUAUCAUGGAUACGAGGCUUGAACCGGCGUGGGAUGUUAUUGCUUCGAUUAAUGGCACAAAUGAGGAUGAGUAUGUCAUUAUUGGUAAUCAUAGAGAUGGGUGGACGGCUGGUGGUGCGGCGGAUGCGGUGUCGGGUGGUGCGUUGCUUAUUGAGAUGGCCAAGGCCUUUGGUAAGCUCGUCGAGAACGGAUGGAAGCCUCGUCGUACAAUUAUUCUAGCUUCGUGGGACGCUGAAGAGUUUGGUCUCAUGGGCAGCACCGAAUGGGUCGAGGACCAUCUUCCGGAACUGAUUGAAAAGACAGUUGCGUAUAUCAACCUCGACACUGCUGUUUCUGGUCCAAGAGCCGAGAUUGUUGGAUCAGGUGAGAUCCAGACUAUUGCUAUUGAGACGAUGAAGAAGAUUAUCUUCCCUGAGGGUUAUGGCGCUGGACCGACGCUGUAUGAUGCUUGGUUUAAUGCGACUGAGGGUGUUUUGCCUGCUAUGGGUAGUGGAAGUGACUAUGCUGCUUUCUACCAUAACGGAAUCACUUCUCUUGAUAUUGCUGGAGGUCCUGGUCCUAAAGAUUCUGUUUACGCAUACCAUACUCUCUACGAUACACAUCGCUGGAUGAGUGAAUAUGCAGACCCAGGCUUCCACCUCCACGCAGCAAUGGGUCAAUUCGUGACUCUCCUGACCUACCACAUCGCCGACGAUCCCCUCAUCCCCUUUGAUCUCACUCACGCCGGCACCGCCCUUCGUGACAUUUUCGAAGAUCUCGAAGAAAAGCUCACCGACCGCUUCCCCUCUUACGACCUUGACCUCACGCCCCUCUCCUCGGCAGUAUCGUCCUUUGAAGAAGCAGGAAAGCGCAUCUCUACGCUAGCCAAGCAAGCUGUAGCCUUGAACGAUACUGUUCUGUUGGGUGCUGUUAAUUCAGCGUACAAAGCCUUCAGUAGAGGUUUCGCGAGCGAGGGAUUGCUGCCGGGUAGAUUCUCAUUUUACAAUGUUGUUAGUGCGCCGGGGUUGGAUAGUGGGUAUGGUGCAGAUGUUUUCCCGGCGGUGCAGGAUAGUUUGGAUCAGGGGAAUUUGACGCAGGCUGAGGAGUGGGUUGAAAGGAGUGCGAAGGCUGUUUUGAGGGCUGCUGAGAUUCUGAAGGUUGGAGAGUGA